UUUUACACCUGAUGAGCCAACGUCGCCGUCAAAAAAUUCUUCCCACUUCGUUGUCUGAUUGGACUCAUGCUUCUAUAUUUUGUAAACAAAUCCAAUCCAUGCCGCAUGAGAUUCUUUGAAGAUCUUAGACUCCUUAAAUAUGCCACCAAAAUCCUCCAAUAAAAAGAGUUCAAAUAAAGCUGCCGCAAUUUGGUAUACCUGUGAAAAAUGUGAUGCCCACAUUACGUCCAACGAUCGGGAAAGACAUGAAAAUGUGUGUCCAAUCGGAGCCGGUCAAUAUGAGAACAAGAAAGGUGAACCUUUGGAAUACAUACGCAAGGGUGUCUUCUACUCCAGCAGCAUGGAGGUGAGAAAGUACGAAAUAGAAACCCUAAAGGAUAUGCCUGAAAAAUAUUUAAAUAAUAUGAUAUUCAUAUCGGAAGGGGCGAUACGUUUAUCUGGAUUUCAUAUUGGGCAACAACUGCUGAUCAAAUCUACCAAAGAAAAUGUGACAUAUGUGCGCAGUGUUUGGCCAAUACCGGAUAAAUUUCUAACCACCAUAUUUGUCAAUGAGGAGGAUUUCAAAAAUAACUGGUCCAACUAUAGGGGGCACAUCUGGCAAAUACAAUGUCUACCCAAAGGACAGCCCGUAACUGCAAAAAGUUUAGUGUUAACAAUUCACACAGAGGAACCAGAACCCAUAGAUUUAAAUGAACAACAAUUAAAAGAUCUGGAACGUUUACUAAAACAUGAAUUGAAAAAUCUUUGCUUUGCCAAAAAUUCUAUUAUCCAUUAUAAUUUUUUUAACAAACAAUUGAAGCUCCUUGUCUUGGAUGGUACAAGUGUAGCAGCAAAUACGUCGAAUUCUGGCGAACUUGAAAGAACUUUUGACAAAUUAAGUUUGGACUCGAGCUCAGUGGGAGAUAUAUUUAAAGUGACAAAUUCAACGGAAAUCAAAAUUUCGAGUGAUAGUUGGAAGAAUUCAGAUAAUAAUGGUCUGGAGGAGUCUGGCUACUCGAUAACGAAAGAUGAUAUUGGUGGCCUACAUCCACAAUUGAAUAUUAUAGAGGAAGCAAUCGAUUUUGCACUGGGUUUGCGUGAGAUUCCCAAAGGUGUUAAAAUAUCACGCGGUCUGCUAGUUUACGGUUCAUCAGGCUGUGGCAAAACAAUGAUGUGUGAAGCAAUGUCCAGCAAGUUGUUACAACAGCAGCAACUGACAAAAUCCACAUUCAAUCCUCUAAUACUACGCUUGAAUACAAGUGAAUUGUUUAGCAAAUUCUUGGGUGAAACAGAAAAGAAUUUGAAUAUUCAAUUUGACAAGGUCUUCCAACAUUAUCCCCACCCGUCGCUGGUCGUUAUUGAAGAUGUUCACAAUCUCUGUCCGAAACAAGAAACCAAUGAUGUUGUAAAACGUGUAGCAAUAGCAUUCUUUAAUUUACUCGAUUCGUUGAGCCACAAGAGGGAAGCUCAAAAAUGUUUUGUCCUUGCCACUACCUCCAAUAUUGAAUUGCUAAAUCCCAGUAUUCGGCGAUGUGGACGUUUGGAUUGUGAAGUGGAGGUAGCGGCACCAACUCCAGUUGGUAGGGAAGAAAUAUUACACUGUUUGCUGAAGAAAGUGGAGAAACAUAAACUCCGGGAGGAAGAUAUACAUGAAAUAGCUCAAAUAACUCACGGUUUUGUGGGAGCCGAUUUGGCUAAUCUCAUUUAUAAUGCCACACUGAAAGCCAUGAUAAAUGCAUUCAAAGCCGGCGAUGUUGUACUACAAAUGGAGGAUAUUAAUUCGGCUUUGUUGAUUGUCAAACCCUCUGCCAUGCGUGAGGUCUUAAUAGAAUGUCCCAAUGUGCGAUGGUCUGAUAUAGGUGGUCAAGAUGAAUUGAAAUUGAAGCUACAGCAAGCCAUAGAAUGGCCUUUAAAACAUGCCGAGCAGUUUCAACGUUUGGGCAUUAAACCACCUCGUGGCAUAUUAAUGUAUGGUCCUCCGGGUUGUUCCAAAACCAUGAUAGCCAAAGCUUUGGCCACAGAGAGUCAAUUAAAUUUUCUGUCUAUCAAAGGCCCUGAGCUGUUCUCAAUGUGGGUUGGUGAAUCCGAACGGGCGGUUAGAGAAGUUUUUCGCAAAGCUCGACAAGUGGCGCCAUCUAUUGUCUUUUUCGAUGAAAUUGAUGCCAUUGGCGGAGAACGUUCAGAGGGAGCUUCUGGUGGUUCGGGUAGUUCGGUCAAAGAACGUGUUCUAACCCAACUUCUAACUGAAAUGGAUGGCGUUGAGUCCUUACAAAAUGUUACCAUUGUUGCGGCCACAAACCGUCCAGAUAUGAUUGAUAAAGCCCUAUUACGACCCGGACGUAUUGAUCGUAUCAUCUAUGUUGGCCUACCCAAUGCUGAAGCAAGACGUCAAAUUUUCUCAAUAAAACUGAAGAAAAUGCCCUUGGCAGAAGAUGUGAAAAUUGAUGAAUUGGUCCAACGUACCGAAGGUUAUUCGGGUGCCGAAAUACAGGCUGUAUGUCAUGAGGCUGCCCUCAAAACAUUGGAGGAAAGUUUUGAUGCAACCGCUGUAACUAUGACACAAUUCGAUUAUGCCUUAACAGUGGUGAGGCCUCGAACAAGUUCAGAGCUAUUACGUUUAUAUGAGGAGUAUCAAAAGAAAACGUAAUGAAUGUGAGUUGUUAUUAGGUUUAUAAUGUUACUGGACCACUGCAAAAGAACAAUUUGUAAAAGAUAGGAAAUAUUGUUUUUUAAUAAAAAAAUACCACCAAAAGAAAAAACGAUGUCACAAG